CCGGCGGAGGAGGCGCAGCCGCAGCCGCAGCCGCAGCCGGAGCCCGAGCCGCGGGGCGGGCGCGAAGAUGCACACGACUCAGAAGGACACGACGUACACCAAGAUCUUCGUCGGGGGGCUGCCCUACCACACCACCGACGCCAGCCUGCGCAAGUACUUCGAGGUUUUCGGCGAGAUCGAGGAGGCGGUGGUCAUCACCGACCGGCAGACGGGCAAGUCGCGGGGCUACGGAUUUGUCACCAUGGCUGACCGGGCUGCUGCGGAAAGAGCCUGCAAGGAUCCCAACCCCAUAAUUGAUGGCAGGAAGGCCAAUGUGAACCUGGCAUACUUGGGAGCAAAACCAAGGAUCAUGCAACCAGGUUUUGCCUUUGGUGUUCAACAACUUCACCCAGCCCUUAUACAAAGACCUUUUGGGAUACCUGCCCACUAUGUGUAUCCACAGGCUUUUGUGCAGCCUGGAGUGGUCAUUCCACACGUCCAGCCGACUGCAGCUGCUGCCUCCACCACACCUUACAUUGAUUACACUGGAGCUGCGUAUGCACAAUACUCUGCCGCAGCUGCUGCUGCUGCCGCCGCCGCCGCCUAUGACCAGUACCCCUACGCAGCCUCUCCAGCUGCUGCAGGAUACGUCACCGCAGGGGGCUACGGCUACGCUGUGCAGCAGCCAAUCACCGCCGCGGCACCUGGGACAGCUGCUGCCGCCGCUGCAGCAGCUGCCGCAGCAGCAGCGUUUGGCCAGUAUCAGCCUCAGCAGCUGCAAACAGACCGAAUGCAAUAGACCAGCCAUCUGAUCAAAGUUGAAUUGUUUUCUCUUUCCCUCCCAAUUUCCCAAUUUUUAGUAGCUAAUAAGAGUUAACAUUAACAGCUUUAAAAAAAAAAAAAAAAGCUAUGCUUUGUGAAGCAGAAUUAUUGUUAUUUUUAUACUCCAGUAGUGUUCUAGGUGAGAAAGAGGUGAGAGAGAGAGAGGGGAGUGGGCGCAGUUUUGGAAACCAAUCCCAAAGAGCCUGAGGAAAUGAAAGGCCGCUAGGAAAUGAUGGCAGAAGUAACAAUGGAACUUCAUUUUUAUAAUGGGAUUUUUAUUUUUUGCUCUUUUUAUAGUAUCAGGGAAGCAAACUGCCUUUUACAAGUUAGAAAAUGCUAUUUGAAUCUUGUUGAACCAGGGAAUACAGAGUGAGCAAUACAUAGCUUGAAUUUCAUUUAAAAGCAGAUUUUUUUUUUUUUUUUUUUUUUUAGAAAAACAAAAUGGUGAAAGCACUGAUUGUCAUUUUUAAGUUGCUAUGGCCUAUAGAACUUUUUCAAGUAAGAAGGUACUGUUCUUACUCUCUCAGAAAUGGGCAUCGAACAAUCAACCUAGGAGCGUGGCAGUGGGUAAAAUGGUGGACAGGCACCAAAGCUGUUUUCUCAUCUGUCCUGUGGACGAGCGGGACUGUGGAGCACGUGAUGUGGAAUUAGUGGGUGCAGCGGCUGUGCAGACAAUCAGUAACACGCACAGUUCUGGGAAGAACACAUCCCUUGUGCUUGUUUGAUGAGCUUGUCACAUUCUAACCCCUCUCCCCAUCCUGUUUCAAUUUUGGGAAACUUGUAUCUGCUGGUGUCAGCAAUUCUGAUUCUGAAAUAGGAUCAGGCUUUCACUACCACAGCCUUCUCUUUCUAUUUAUUGUGUCGACUCGUGGCUUACGAUUAAAGGCAGGCAAAGUGUGCAGACUCUAAACUCUUAAGAAUUGUCUUAAGGGCAUUUAUUUUUUUUUUCCCUUUUUGAAUAAUUUUACACUUUUUAGUAUUCUAUUUCAGAGUCCUAUUUAAAACUAUUUAUUAGUGAAUACAGUACAUGAGACAACAAAGUUACUGAGAUUACAGUUCUUCAGAGGUAAUGAUAAUGUGGUUUAUACUGUGCCUUAAUAGUAAUGCUAUUUAAGAUAUUUAUUUUUAAGUUUUACUAUGCUGCACUCUAAAGGAAGGAACUUUAGAUGUGACACUGUAAAAUUAUGUAUUCAUCUCAUGGCAUAAAUUAUUUAGUAGGUCUAGAUGUAGCAUAUUAAAUAUUAACCUAUUCAGCUAAAGAUGUUGACUUGGAUUUAUUUAAAUUCAUAUGUGCACUGUAUGAGAGAGUACUCUUACAUGAACACAUUUUAGUUUUUAGGUUUUAACCAACAGGCUAUCUUGCUAGUUUCAUGCUUCCUUCUCUAAUUUUUGCUAGUGUAGAUCUCAUUUAUUGGUACUUCAUUAGUUUAACACUAUUCUCAUGUAGUUUAUGUAGUUUUUAAAAGCUGCUUUACAUUUUUCUUCUGAAACUGCAAUACUUGCAAUUUUUAUUCUUAAGCUAAAUUGAAUACUAUUUUACACUGUAUUGGAUUUUUAUACUUGAACAAUUUCAUACAAGGGAAGACAGGUUAGCAUUUUUAUGGACUUUCUCCAUUACCACUGGAUUUACUUUAAGUAUUCCCAUUCUAGACAGUGUUAUGUAAUGUAGACAUGACUCUCCUGUGCAGAUUAUUUAUUCAUUGUGUACAUUGCUUUAUAACAUUUCAGAUCUUCUCAUCUAUUCACUUGUAUUAAAUAUAAUUUUUAAAAACUC